AUGGACUCUGCAACCGCCUUGGGGGCGAGCGUGGUUGGGCUGAAUACCACCGCGCUCUUACUCUUAUUCUAUGCUAUUCGCCCAUCGGAGGCAGACGCCCGGAAAGAGCGGCGGUUGCUGAAUUUGAAGAGAAUACGCAUCGGGACUUUCGUCAUUGUGACCCUGGGCCAGGCUGGCAUCGGUGCAUGGCGAGCAAUCCAGGGCAGGUUCAUGCUGGGCAUGUACGAUGCCCAACUAGUAUCCACCGCUAUCCUUUGGGCCCUGACGGCGGUAUCCCUGAUCGCGACAUGGCCGCGGCAGGGGGCCGUAUCUCUGCUGCCGGUGGUUCUGAUGUCGUUGUUGGUGGUGGGACUGCAGAUGGCCGCAGAUUGCCUCCAUAACACCGCUCAGGACUUCAACCAUGAUGACCGUAUCGCGGGUCAUACACCCUCCACCUUCUUCCCGUACCCGGCCCACACACCCUACUCAAUGCACUGCCGUACGUGCCGCCCGCCACCCAUUCCCUUCUCCCCCACCGAGAAGGAGAAGGCCAAGGAGGCGGAGAAGCGCGCGUCCAAGAAGCGCCCCGCCUCCCGCACCCAGAGAACUGCUCGGGCCUUCCGGUAUAUGUGGCCAGAGAGCCGACCUCUCAGGCUGAGACUGGUGGCCUGCUUCAUGCUCGUACUGGCGGAGCGUUGCGUAAACUUGGCCGUACCGGUGCUGUACAAACACAUGGUGGACGAGCUUAGCGGUACGGCGACAAAUGGCGGUAGCGGCGGGGGAGAUAGCACGCUGGUGGAGGCGUCUAGGAGACUGGCGGGCGCGUCGUUGCGGGUGAUGGCGGCCGCCGCCGCCGCUGCCACGAAUGGCGGCGGCGAUGGCGGCGGCGGCGUCGGUGAUGUUGCCAGCAGGCGCAAUACCGAUGGCCGUGCUGUAGAUGGCGCAGCGAUGGUAGGCUCUGCAGGUGCUGGUGCUGUUGGAGCAGAUGUGGUGGUGGAUGAGGUUCAUCAGCAGUUGUUGAAGGCCGCUUACGGAGUUCUGAAGGCCGCCCAGCAGCUCAGUUUUUGGAGUGUGUUCUACCCCUGGGUGUUCGCCUACCUGGUCUUCUACUUCCUCAGGGGCGGUAGCGGCAUGGAGGGCCUCCUGGCCAACAUGCGCGACCUGGACACGGUGUCCAUCGUGCUAUUCAACGUGACUGGGGGGGGCCCAACUUGGGAGUGGGGGCGCGUGGGGGGUUUGGGGGGGGUGGAGAUUCAGAAGGCGCUCGUGGACGUGGAGAGCAUGUUCGAGCUGCUCGACACGGAGCCGCUAGUGCGGGACGCGCCCGGUGCCGUGUCUCUGCGGGUGGGGGCGGGCAGGGUGGACUUCGCCCGGGUGGUGUUCGGAUACAACCCCGCAUCGCCCGUGCUGAGAGGGGACACCGUCAUGUUCAACGAUACGGUCAUGUACAACAUUCGGUACGGCAGGACGGACGCCACGGAUGCGGAGGCACGCCACCGUCCACCUCCGCCACCUCCACAUGCACCUCUACCCCGCGAGGCGGGUGCUCGCCUCUCCCGUGGGUCAAACGAUGAUGCGGACCUCAUGUCGCCGCCAGCAUCCCCCGGGGGCUGCCUUCUAGGGCUGGACGCCGCCGCCGUCUCGUCGUCGGCGUCGUCACCGCCACCGGCGGCCGCGGCACCGCCAGCGGGUGCGCAUGUGGGGAUGGCGGCGCCGGCGUCGCUGCGAGGCCGCCACGCCAGUGGGAACUCGUUUGGGGCUGCGGCCGAGCAGUAG